AUCGCGUGUAUUUUACUCCGCCCUUUGUUUUUUUUUUGUUUUUAACUUGUUUAUUGUGUAAGUGCAGUUUUCAGAGUGUUUUGUUGUGAAUAAUUGUUUGUGGUGUCUUUCCUUGAAUUAGUUCCAGUUUUUCCAUCAACGUAUGAUGAGUUCCCCUUCUACGUGCUCUAGCGAUUUAGAGUUUGUUUCCCUCACCCGUCGUGAGGACAUUGUUUGGCCCGAAGUGGCCCUUAAUUCUUCCGACAGCGAAAUCAGUGAUGCCUCAACCUUGCCACUAGCCGAUAUCACCCCCGCCCAAAGUGACAUACCGGACACUCCUGCUUCCCCUGAUCCCGUUUUUGAGGCGUAUUUUGACGCCCAUGCUAGACCUUAUAGCCCAGCACCCCCCUCUACAGUUGUUGGGUCCGUUGAAUCUUGCCCGAAACGGGACAGUUCCGCUCAGACUAAUUCUUAUUUUCCGGAGGGUUUUCCUUUAGAAGGCAACUUUUAUAACAUACCAGCCCAUAGUUCUGCCACUCAUUUGCUGAACGGCGAUCUCCCCCUUCGUCCCUAUGUACCUCCGGCGGCUGACGAACGAGUGGUCCUGCAGCUGAUAGCUCGGCGUAGAGUUUUAGCUGACGGUUCCAUCCGAAUGGAAUAUCGGUGGGCUGGUCCUAAUUUUUAUUAAGUGAAGCAGUUGGCAACAAUUACUUGCAAGCAAGUUUCGGAUGGCAGCACAAGCGCGGCACGACACGUCGCGUCAAACGUCUACGUGCGAACAAAUCCAUUGUAGAACCAACUUGAAAGGAUGAAAAAUAUGAAACCGGCAACUGACCCAGAGGAAGAGGAACGUGCUCCGGAUGAGGAAGAAGAGGGACACAUAAAAAAAUUGCGGCGUGUAUCAAGCUUUACAACUUUUUAGGGAAAAUUGGAGGAAAAAGGGGGUUUCUGGUGGAGUUUAGCGACUGGGGGCGGGCGCCUAUUCGUCAUGAUGACCAGACGCUAUGGCGACUGGACCCGGCCAUGCGGAGCAGUGGCCCCAGAAAGCAAUACUCUCGCAGCCAAUGGCACCAGGAGUACCGUUGGUGCGAGAGUACCCGGGGAUACGUCUGUCGUGGUUUCUGGUCGACUCCUAAAUUUGCUGAUCCAUCAGUGGUAAAAGAGGCUGCGGGGGAUUUCCCCGUUCUUCAGGGCUGGUGGGUUGCUGACAGGAGUCACAUUAUGUGGUGAGUUUGUUUGUUUUGGUUUUUUUUUUAAGGGGAUUCCGUUCUUUGCCGCUGGUGCCACCGAAGGUCGGGUUCCAGCCAAUCAACCGCACGUUUGUCCUCUCUUUUGUCCAGCGUUUUUACUGGACCAGAGAGGGCCAAGAAAGGGUUGGUUCCGGAUGGCAAUUGAAAAUCCGAGUCCCGAUGGACGGCGUGUGGCAGGCGAUUGGCCCGGAGGGUCACUUAUUGGGGCUGGUCACAUAGGCUGUCUCCCCUAGGCCAGGAAACACGUCCCUUUCUCCCCGUUCGCGCGUGUUACUACUCCCCCCCUUUUUUUAUAUAUAUAUAUUUUCUCUCAUUUUUUUUUAAAUUAAUUAAAUAACUACCCCUUUUAAUCUUAUUUCUUGUAAUCAUAU